UUCCUCGUCCUCUAGAGGAGGGACUGUUGGGUGGAGCUUUACCCAUUCGAAGCCUGGGUCGAUCCUGGAUGACUCUUGGGGCCUAGCUGCGAUAAUGAGGCACCUGAAGAGCGUGGGAUGUCCCCUUCCAGCGCUCAAGGACCUGACUAACCGAGAUGAGUAUCUCGAUAUUGCCCACUGUAUGGGUCAGUUGGCUGGGGCUGUUAACAGGGCCCAGCUCAGGUUUGAGAAUGCUCUGUGUGCUGCCCCCAAUGCUGGUGAACUUGCUGAGGUUACCGAGAUGGUUAAGGCAGCCAAAACCGAUCUUGACCAAGCCCGGGUUCGAAUUUCUGAACUCGAAGCCGAAGUGACGAGGCUAGGCUCGAAGGCCGAUGCUCAGCAAGGAGAGAUCGAGAGUCAAAAGCUCGAUAUCCAGGUGAAGAGCAGGAGGAUCAAUGAUUUAGAGGCUGCUCGAAAGAUAGCUGAGCAUCAAGUACGUGAGCUCAUUGCCUCAUCCCGGGAUAGCCAGAAGAACAAGGAAGCUGAAGUCAAGCUGGCUGUCAGGGAAGGGAAGAAAGAAGUCGCCGAAGCUUACGGCAAGAUCCUGGUCUGUGUUAAGGAGAAGUUUGCUAGGAAGAAAGAUGAGGUCGACGCUUUGGUGUACGCUCAGGAGCUCCAAGCUAAUGCCGACCUCUUGAAGGAUAUGCUGAACAACAAGAUCCAAAGCGUUGAAGAGGAGUACAACCAAUUGGUGGCCUUAUUACCAGAAGCGACAACUGCGUAUGAGAAGGCUCAAGUCUCUGACUUCUCGGUCAGCAAGCUUCCUCUUCCCCAGAUCUCGGAGAGUUCAGGUACUUUCGAGAUUAACAUGUUUAAUCCAUCCUUUUCUGGGGAGUAUGGCUCUAAUUUGGGUUUGAUGGCUCCUGACUUAGCUCCAGUCGAGGCAGCAAUAGGAGGUGACGGCAAUGUGGUCGAUGAGGGAGUUCCUGCCGGUGCUGGUGAUCCGAUUCAGGAAGAGAAGGAAGAUUGAGAGCUACGGCUCUUUUAACUUUAUGUUUUGUGUUUUUAAGACUUCGGCCUAAGGGCUUUGUUUCGUUAUGUUUUGUGACUUAGUGCCUGAGGAGGCCUUUAAACCUUAACGCUUGCUGGAUUUCAAUAGCCUGGGGAGGUUUUUAAACCCUUUCUUAUGUUUAAAUCGUGGCUAUUAUUUCUGUUUUAAGUUUUUGAACUUAACCUCGUUUCAUUUAAUCAUAGUGAUUGCGAAUCUCA